AUGAUCAGCUCGCAAGUUGGACACGCAGAAGCUACAGGAGCCGGGGGCUUACACGGGAGCCGCGACGGCGCUCCGCCUCGGCCGGCUCAUCUUGAAAAGGGCGACAUCUUCAGGACCGUGGGGUUACCCGAAGAGCUCACCAUUGGGCUGGACGCCAUGGCCAUGACAACCAACAAGAGCCUCCAGGGAUUUCGAGAGAUUCCGCCGGGCACGCACUUUCUCUGGAUUCAGUUGCCAGGCGGCGUCUCUCGAUCUGGCUGCUGGUUCAUCACGGGAUCCAGGGGGUUGCUGCGCGUCAAGGAGUGGGACAAAUAUAACGAGAUUCUCGGGGAGCCGGCAAGCUCGUCCGGGGAUGCACGGAGUCAACAGGACAGCUUGGAAUCCAUAUACUCGGCGCUAAAGCCGUACGCGUUGCACGCCCAUCGGGAUAAGUCAUGGACGCCGAUGGACAACAAAGAUCCUAUCUGGGCGCGAACCCCGGGCAGCCUUUGGAGCAUCUUGACCAGCGCCGUAUCACGUCAAGCACUCGUCAGGAUCACCGGAAAGCCAGAUGCCCAGGAUUACCUCGUGGAGUCCACGGACGGUGCCAAAGACGACCGCCCCCUCGCCGGGCAACCCCCCGCCGGUUCGGGGCUGAACCUCCUAUUCACGCAGGACUUCCGCGAUCUUCAAGUCCUCGACCAAGGCUCGAUGAGAGACCGCGUCGCCGACACCUCGUCCCGGAUCCAGUCCCGCCUCACCACGGCCGACCAAAACAGCCGAAUCACCGAGCGAGACAUUCUCGCCGACCUGCAGUUCACCUUCCUGACCGGCACCCACCUGAGCAACUCGGCGUGCCUCGAGCACUGGUGGAACCUCGUGUUCAAGAUGCUGCUCCGCGCAUACGGCCUCGUGCUCUCACAUCCGAGACUGGUCAGAGACUUCCUUACGGUCCUCUACGCCCAGCUUUUCUACACGGAGCACUAUGUCGCCUCGUCUUCCUCGCAACCGGAUCACCAGGACGAGGCGGACGACAAGGGCAAGAAGCACGGGCCGAGCAGUGACAGGGCCAUCUUCCAAUACAAGCCCCAGUACAGGGGGAGACUCCGUCAGGUGCUGGCCGAGUACCGGAGGCGGCUAAACAGUCUGCUCGAGGGGCUGCGCGGUUCGACCACUCCCGACCAAGAGGCUGUCGGCAGGGCGUUUGAGGACCUGGAGGCCUGGCUGUGGAGGAAGGGCUGGGAUCUGAGGGAAGGGGAGGGCAAGCCGGGAAGCGGCGGUAUCAGAGCGGUUACUGCGCCGGAUAGCGAGGACGAGGAGGACGAGCAGCCUGUUGUGGUGGAACUUGAUGAGCAGGGGAGAGAGGUAGGGUUGCUCUCGUUUAGCGACUAA